AUGGAGGCUUGGAAUAGGUUGCGUGAUAUAUUCCAAGAUAACAAACACUCCCGUGCCGUCACACUUGAGUAUGAUUUCGCUCACACACAAAUAGAGAAUUUCCCAAAUGUCUCUGCUUACUGUCAACAUCUCAAGUUGUUGUCGGAUUUACUUAAGAGCGUCGGCUCUCCGGUGGACAAUAGUCGGCUGGUUCUCCAAUUGGUUUCGGGCCUUACCGAGUCAUACAAGAGGGUGGCCACACUAAUUCGUCAAAGUGACCCUUUGCCUCAAUUUUAUCAAGCCCGAUCAAUGCUCGUUCUUGAAGAAGCGGGACUGAAGAAGGCGACUCAGACCACCUAUUCUGCCAUGGUGGCCCGGGACUUGGAUGAUUCUCAAAAGAAUGUUGAUCAACAUUCAACCCACCGUAAUAAUAAUGGUGGGAAACGGCAACAACACCGAAGUAAUUCUGGGAAGAAUCGUUCCUCAUCCGGUGGUCGUGGCGGCGGUAAAGGGAGUUCUGGUGGUAGGUCCGGUGGUGGGGGCAAAGGCAGCGACACCAGCAGGUGGAACGGUGGCCAGCAGCAAGCCCCAAAUCAGUGGCUGUCACAGUAG